GACUGUUGACGUUUGACGUCGUCUGUCGUCUGUCUCUUUAUGUUUUGUUCUGUGUGUACAGGUUAUUUUAUGUUGUUUCCUCCGCGUAUGGUGACAUUACCCAACUUAAAAUGGACCCUGUCAUAGGUGGAUUAAUUGCAGUAGUAGUUAUCGUGUUGAGUAUUCUCGGAUUACUGUAUCUUCAAAGCAGAAAAUCUCAAGGAGUACAGAAACUAACAAUGUCAUGUAGCAAAUAUAGGUCGACGUUGAAUCGCAUUGUCCCACUCUUUUACGUUGUCCCUUCCUCGUUUGACUCUCCAGCAGGGAGGCCCACAGCAGCACCGGCAGCAGCCCGUGGACAAGCUGGCCCCGGCCCCAGAAGGGCUCAGGCUGCCCGAGUCCGUCAGCGUAAUCGAGGACAAGCAGUAGCACAACAUGAGUCUGACGCAGAAUCAGAUGAAGAUGGUAAUGAUCCAAUGGAUAGGAUUGAACUCCCAGACGGGAAAGUUGGUGCCAAGAAGAUGGCCAAGCUCCAAGCGAAAGCAGAUCGUAAAGCUAAACUUGAGGCUGAGCAACAGGAAAGAGAAGAACGUAAAUUAAGGCAGCAAUCACAAGAUGAAGAACGACUAAAAGAGAGAGAAAAGGAAGCUGAAGCAGAAAAAAAACAAGAGGAAGAGGAGCGCAAAGCUCGUGAAGAACAGGAGAGAAAGGAUCAUGAAGAGUAUUUAAAAAUGAAAGCUGCGUUUAGUGUUGAAGAGGAAGGUUUUGAGGAGGGUGAAGGUGAAAGUGAAACUAAUCUGUUACAAGAAUUUGUCAAACACAUCAAGGACAAAAAGGUGGUUGUGCUGGAAGACCUAGCAUCACUUUUCAGAUUGAAGACUCAGAAUGUCAUUGAUAGAAUACAAGACCUACAGAAUGAUGGAAUUCUCACUGGUGUCAUUGAUGACAGAGGAAAAUUUAUCUACAUUUCACUAGAGGAAUUGGAGUCUGUAGCUAAGUUUGUCAAACAAAGAGGUAGGGUCUCCAUUGCAGACCUGGCAGAAAGCAGCAACAAGCUCAUAAAUCUGAAUCCCACUUCCAGAUCAGAAGUGUGUUCAUGAAGUCCAAUAGCUUUAUAAGCAUUUACUUUUUGUUUUCUUUUGAUUAAAGUAAGUUUUAGAACAA